AAAUGUAUUUGUCUUUCGCUUCUCAUCUUCAGCUGAAAAAAACAUAACAAAAACCAAUACAAACUUUGCGUGAGAUUCACGACGAUGAUGAUGAUGAUGAUCGCCGACACCGUCACCGCCGCCAAAAGUCUCUGCAUCCUUCGCGCCUAUCAAUUUUCCAUCGCCGAUCCAUCUUCCGAUCAGAUCUCAGCAAUGAUUCAUCCUUGCGAUGCAGUGGCUCCGCCGCCGGUCAAACCUAGCACACGUAGGAUACCACGUCGGACGCUUACCCGGAGGAAACGACGAACAAGACGGAAGUUGUCGGGCGAUGAUAACGGAGGUGAGGGGUUAUUCUUUGGUGAUGGCGGUGACGGUAUUUUCGGUGGUGGUGGUGGUUUUGGAGGAGGAGGAGGAGGAGGUGGUGAUUGGAAUUUUAAUAGAUUUGGAGAGGGAGAGAAUUGGGAUGAACAUUCGUCGUCGUUGCAGGAUCCAGCUUUUGAUUUCGUUUAUCGGGUGUUGUCGUGGAUUAUGUUAUCGAAUUGUUUGCAUUUUGCAGUUAAAAAGAUUGUGAGAAUUAUUGCAGAUGGAUCUAUUGUUGAUUCUGAUAGGGAAAAGGUUCCAGCUAGAUUGGCUCCAAUUUGCUGAUUUCGUUGGUACUUUCUGUUCCAUUCAUCAAUGCUUUGUCAUGAUCUGUGAAUGCUCAUUGUAGGAUUGUAUUUAUUUUAUAUGAAUUGGGAAAUUACUGUAAAAAUAUUGUACAUAAUUAAUCAUCCAAUAAAUAAAUAUCUUUUAUGGUUGCAUUA